CCACACACACUUUAAGUCUUGCCCUACUAAGACGGGGAGGAGGGGGAGAAAAUUCUGCUAUGACGGUGUCAUUUCUCUCCAUUACCGGUGUGUGAGCCACACACACACACACUGCGUGGGGAGUUGCCUGCAUGGGGGAUAAGGCCCUAUCUAGGGCACAAAGAUGGAGCUCACAUCCUAUUCGUCACAUAUCUAAUGCUCACACACAUAUAUAUAUACACACAGAGAAGCACACACCUGUAAUUUCACACCCCAGAUGAGGAGAAUGAAAGAGGACUGAAUGGAGGGAAGACAUUAGAAUAGAGGAUCUCAGAGACAGCAAGAGCACCAGAAGGUCCCCUGGCCUGGGCUGGAGGAGAUGCCCCAAGGCCACUGAGAAGACGAAGGGAGCUGUUGUUUAACCCCCUCCCCCACCAAGCUGUAGGAGCCUCACCCUGUGAAGAGCACCACCAAGGGUCCUAGGAAGACAGCAGGGUGCCACUGAGACACCUAGCGAGUGUGCUACGAAGUGCCCUACAGUUAUCAUCAUGAGCUGUAGGCUAGAGGGUAGACCCCAGCUCUAGCCCCUAUCUACUCCCGUGUGUGUGUGUGUGUGUGUAUGAGUGCGAGUGUGUGUAUGAGUGUGAUGGCGGUGUGUGUGUGGGCAGCAGCCCCCCUGCUCUUCCUUGGGCUAUGCCUGUGCACUGUAGGGGGCCAGGCCCAGGGGGAGGUCCUGGAGUUUGGGGGCGUGUCUGGCCAAUGGGGGCGGUUUCCGGUGUGGAACGCCUGCUGCGAAAGUGUGCUGAGCUUCAGCCUGCGGACUCACAGCCAGGAGGGGCUGCUGCUCUACCUGGACGAUGAGGGCUUCUGCGACUUCCUGGAGCUGCUGCUGCUUCAUGGCCACCUCCGCCUGCGCUUCUCCAUAUUCUGCGCCGAGCCAGCCGAGCUGCAGUCAGGCGUGGCGGUGAGUGACGGGCGCUGGCACGCCGUGCGUGUCAAACGGGACUGGAGAAACACCUCACUGGAGGUGGAUGGACGGCUGGAGGGAUGGGCGGAAGUGAAGAGCAAGAGGAGAGACAUGACAGUGUUCAGCCACACCUUCAUGGGAGGGGUGUCACCAGAGCUCCACUCCUCGCCCCUGCGCCUCACCUCCCCGUCGGUGAGGGAACACCCAGCUUUCCGUGGCUGGAUCACGGCAGUGAGUGUCAAUGGCUCGCUGGUGACACUGGAUGGCUCAGAGGGUGUCACGGUAACAGCUGGCUGUGGGCCGGACCACCAGUGCCAGAAUGGAGGGGUGUGCAGUGUGGUCAACGACCAGGCCGUCUGCGACUGCUCCGACACCGGUUACCAAGGAAACGACUGCAGCGAAGAACACAGCUACACUCCAGGUCUGGCACACCUGAUGAUCGGCGACCAAGGCAAGCUCAGAGCUCGAGAGGAGUAUGUGGCCACAUUCAAGGGCUCGGAGUACUUCUGCUACGACCUGUCACCCAGCCCCAUCCAGUCCAGCAGCGAUGAAAUCACGCUCUCCUUCAAGACACUGCAGCGCAAUGGCCUUAUGCUGCACACGGGCAAGUCGGCCGACUACGUUAACUUGGCGCUGAAGAACGGUGCCGUGUCACUCGUCAUCAACCUGGGCUCCGGGGCGUUCGAGGCCCUGGUGGAGCCCGUCAACGGCAAGUUCAACGACAACGCGUGGCACGACGUCAAGGUCACCCGCAACCUGAGACAGCACUCAGGCAUUGGACACGCUAUGGUGACCAUCUCUGUGGACGGCAUCCUGACCACCACGGGCUACACCCAGGAGGACUACACCAUGCUGGGCUCCGAUGACUUCUUCUACGUGGGAGGGAGCCCCAGCACUGCCGACCUGCCUGGCUCUCCAGUCAGCAAUAACUUCAUGGGCUGCCUCAAAGAGGUGGUGUACAAGAACAAUGAUGUACGGUUGGAACUGUCUCGGCUAGCCAAGCAGGGAGACCCAAAGAUGAAGGUGAGUGGCGUGGUGGCCUUUAAGUGCGAGAGCGUGGCCACCCUCGACCCCGUAACCUUUGACACGCCAGAAUCCUUCGUGGCACUGAGUAAGUGGACGGCAAAGAAGGCAGGAUCCAUCUCCUUUGACUUCAGGACUACGGAGCCCAACGGACUGAUGCUCUUCAGCCACGGAAAACCCAGACAACAGCAACGCAAGGACCCCCGCACACCGCCUACCGUCAAGGUGGAUUUCUUUGCCAUUGAGAUGCUGGACGGUCACCUGUACUUGUUGUUAGACAUGGGCUCAGGAACCACCAAGACCAAGGCCAUCGACAGGAAGGUCAACGACGGGGAGUGGUACCACGUGGACUUCCAGAGGGACGGGCGCUCAGGAACGAUCUCGGUGAACAGCGUGCGAACGGCGUACACGGCUCCGGGAGACAGCGAGAUCCUGGACCUGGAUGACACGCUGUACCUCGGUGGACUACCUGAGGACCGCGCUGGACUCAUCUUCCCUACCGAGGUGUGGACCGCUCUGCUCAACUAUGGCUAUGUGGGCUGCAUCAGAGACCUGUUUGUGGACGGCCAGAGUAAAGACAUCCGUCGGCUGGCCGAGGCUCAGCGGGCGGUGGGGGUGAAGCCGUCGUGCUCCAGGGAGGCGCCCAAACAGUGCCUGUCCAACCCCUGCCAGCACAGCGGCACCUGCAGGGAGGGCUGGAAUCGCUACGUUUGUGACUGCUCCGGGACAGGCUACCUGGGACGGUCCUGUGAGAGAGAUGCUACCAUCCUGUCGUACGAUGGCAGUAAGUUUAUGAAGGUGCAGCUGCCCGUGGCGAUGCACACAGAGGCGGAGGACGUGUCGCUACGGUUUCGCUCCCAGCGGGCCUACGGCGUUCUCAUGGCAACCACAUCUCGAAACUCUGCAGACACCCUUCGUCUGGAGCUGGACGGGGGCCGCGUCCGACUCACUGUCAACCUAGACUGUAUCAGGAUAAACUGUACAGCCAGUAAAGGCCCAGAGACCAUCUUUGCGGGGAUGGGCCUCAAUGAUAAUGAGUGGCACACGGUGAGGGUGGUCCGACGUGGCAAGAGCCUCAAACUCACUGUGGACGAUCUGCAGCCUGUCGAAGGUCAGAUGGCAGGCGACCACACCCAGCUAGAGUUUCAUAAUGUGGAGACGGGCAUUGUGACAGAGAAGCGCUUCAUGCCUGCUGUGCCCUCCAACUUCAUUGGCCAUCUUCAGGGGCUGACGCUGAACGGCAUGCCUUAUAUCGACCUCUGUAAGAACGGCGACAUAGACUACUGCGAGCUCAACGCCGUCAUUGGCUACAAGAGCAUCGUGGCCGACCCUGUCACCUUCCGCUCACGCUCCAGCUUCGUGACGCUGCCAACGCUGCAGGCCUACUACUCCAUGCACCUCUUCCUGCAGUUCAAGACCACGUCCCCAGAUGGACUCAUCCUUUUCAACAGAGGAGACGGCAACGACUUCAUUGUGAUAGAGCUCGUUAAAGGAUAUCUCCACUACAUCUCUGACUUGGGUAAUGGAGCCCACCUUAUCAAGGGCAACUCGAACACCCCUCUGAAUGACAACCACUGGCACAACGUGCUCAUUUCCCGAGACACAAACAACCUCCACACGGUCAAGAUUGACACCAAGGUCACCACACAGACCACCAUGGGCGCCAAGAACCUCGACCUCAAGGGUGACCUGUACAUUGGGGGUGUGUCCAAAGAGAUGUACCGGGACCUGCCUAAGCUGGUCCACUCCCGUGAGGGCUUCCAGGGCUGCCUAGCAACCGUUGACCUGAAUGGCCGCCUCCCUGACCUUUUGGCUGAUGCCUUGGCAACCAUGGGACAAGUGGAGAGAGGCUGCGAAGGUCCCAGCACCACCUGUCAAGAGGACUCCUGCUCCAAUCAGGGGGUUUGUUUGCAGCAGUGGGAGGGCUUUAGCUGCGACUGCAGCAUGACUUCAUAUGCUGGGCCACUAUGCAAUGAUGCUGGGACCACGUAUAUCUUUGGUCGUGAUGGGGGCUUGGUGGUAUACACGUGGCCCCCGAAUGAACGUCCCAGCACCAGAGCAGACCGCCUGGCCCUUGGGUUCAGCACCCAGCAGAAACACGCCAUCCUGCUGAGGGUGGACAGCGCGUCCGGCCUGGGGGAUUACCUCCAGCUGCAGAUAGACAAAGGCAACAUUAGAGUAGUGUUUAAUGUCGGUACCGAUGACAUCAACAUUGAGGAGAGCUCCAAAUUUGUCAACGACGGAAAGUACCACAUAGUUCGGUUCACCCGCAGCGGAGGCAACGCAACCCUACAGCUGGAUGAUUUGCCCGUCAUAGAGCGCUACCCCUCAGGCAACAUUGAUAACGAGCGCCUGGCCAUCGCCAGACAGCGAAUCCCCUAUCGGCUCGGUCGAGUAGUUGACGAUUGGCUACUCGACAAAGGCCGCCAGCUGACCAUCUUCAACAGCCAGACGACGGUGCGCGUGGGCGGUGGUGAGCGGGGUGCCGGCAUGUUCCAGGGUCAGCUCUCUGGCCUCUACUACAAUGGCCUCCGCAUCCUCAACAUGGCCGCUGAGGGCCACCCGCAUAUCCGGGUGGAGGGCAGCGCACGCCUGGUGGGCGACAUGCCCUCCUCCUCCAUUACCCCGCAGUCCAGCGCUGCCGCAGGGGGCAACCGCUCCGACUCCGCCCCCUCCAUCAGUGACAUGACCACCACCACAGCCACCAACAGGAAACAGGGCACCACGCAGCAGUCGACAGAUGACCUGCUGGUGGCGUCAGCUGAGUGUCCCAGCGAUGAUGAGGACAUUGACCCCUGUGACCCCAGCUCAGCCCGCCCUCCCCUGCCGGAGGUGAAGGUGUUCCCGGGUCCCUCAGAGGUGGUGCGGGAGAGCAGCAGCACCACGGGCAUGGUGGUGGGCAUCGUGGCGGCAGCUGCCCUCUGCAUACUCAUCCUGCUGUACGCCAUGUACAAGUAUCGCAACCGCGACGAAGGCUCCUACCACGUGGACGAGAGCCGCAACUACAUCAGCAACUCGGCCACGCAGCCCAACGGCAGCGCCAAGGACAAGCCCCUAGGCAUCGCCAAGAUCUCCAAGAACAAGAAAAACAAGGACAAGGAGUACUAUGUCUGAGGCGGGAGGGUUGAACAUGCAGACAUAUACACAUACACCUUUAUAUAUAACGGUAUAUGUACAUACAUAGAUAUACUCUCGAAAAAAAAACACACACACACACACACGCUGACAUAGACAUGCUGACGUUAAUGUUUACUCUCAAUACUCACACUUGCACACAUGCUGGCAAGCACAAACACACAUGCACACAGUCAAACACACACACAUACAGAAGCAUAAACACACUUUCGGGCACAAACACACACACACAGACUGGCCCAAGGGCAUGGACCCAUGCUGUACAGUAUUAACCAAUGAGCAGAGUCUCUGUCAGAGGCUUGUUUUAUGAACUUAUACACCAGUACAAAUGAUCUAGAAAGCACCAGUUCAAUUCCCAGUUAAGAAUCAUCAAGGGUCCAGCCAGAAAAA